AUGGACAAAACCUGGAUUCUUAAGCCACGAGAUAGCAUAGAAUAUAGACAAGGACUGAAUAUGUUCCUAGACUUUGCAUUUGCGAAUGCAUCGUCGGAUAACAUGAUAAAGUGUCCAUGCCCUCAAUGUGGGUUUCAAUUUUUGCAAACAAGAGAGGAUGCGUACGACCACCUGUUGAUGAAGUCGUUUCCCGUUGGCUAUACUUUGUGGUUGUGUCAUGGUGAGAAACCAGCUGAGGAGAGCUCUAGUUGCACACCGAUAGUUGAGAACCCUACCCCCGAGGCGAAUCCAUAUAUUCAAAUGGUACACGAUGCAUUUAACUUCACAAUGCCUCCUGGAAGUGACGAGACCACAACAGCGGAUCCUGUAGAAGACGAUGAUAUAGAGUUGCCGCACUUGUAUGAUGGUCGAAGUCGCGAAGCACAGGAUUUUGCCGAUCUUCUUGCGGAUGGAGCGGAGGAGUUAUAUCCCGGCUGCUCGAAAUACUUAAAAUUAUCUUUCCUAGUGAAGCUUUAUCACAUUAAGUGUAUGUAUGGUGUGAGUGACAAGGCUAUGUCGAUGAUUCUGGACUUAUUGCGGGAUGCAUUUGAGCAAGCCAAAUUCCCGUCCACUUUGUAUGAAGCCAAGAAAACUAUCCGAAAGUUAGGUAUUGAGUACAAAAAAGUAGAUGCAUGCCCGAAUGAUUGCAUGUUGUAUCGGGGUGAGGAUGAAAACGCGACGAAAUGCAAGAAGUGUGGGACUUCACGAUGGAAGCAGAAGACGCGAAAGGGUUCUGUUACGAAACUAAAAAUACCUGUUAGAAAAAUUGGAAAGCCUCUCCCAGCGAAGACUCUCCGUUACUUUCCUCUUAUACCACGACUGCAACGGUUAUUCAUGUGUAGCAAAACUUCAUCUGACAUGUUAUGGCAUAAAGAGGUAGAUAAUAACGAUGGGUACUUGAGGCAUCCAAGGGAUGCUGAAGCAUGGAAAGACUUUGAUGCAAAGUAUCCUGACUUUUCCAACGAUGCUUGCAGUGUUCGCUUAGCCUUAGCAAGUGACGGUUUUAAUCCUUUCAGAAAUAUGAGUACGACGUAUUUCAUUUGGCCGGUGAUUCUUAUUCGGUACAAUUUUCCUCCUUGGCUAUGCAUGAAACAGACAUCUUUUAUACUAUCUAUGAUUAUUCCUGGUCCUAAAAUGCCGGGUAAUGACAUUGAUGUUUUUUUGGAGCCCCUAGUGGAUAAGUUGAAGCAACUCUGGGAUGGCGUUGAAACUUAUGAUGCUAAUAAGGGGACCACUUUCAAGAUGCGUGUGGCGCUAAUGUGGACUAUUAGCGAUUUUCUAGGGUUGGAAAAUUUAUCUGGGUGGAACACGUACAGUGGAGUAGACCGGAAAAGAUUUGACGGACAAGCUGAAACCAGGGAUCCACCGAAGAAGUUUUCUGGAACAGAUGUCUUAAGGCAGCAGUCUAACUUGCAAGUAUCGUUUGGGAAGAACCCAACUCUGACAGCCAAAAGAAGACGCAUUGGUGAAGAUGCAGAUCAAGAUGACUCGGUUUGGAAAAAGAGGAGUGUGUUCUUUGAAUUCCCGUACUGGAAGGAUUACAUGAUGCGUCAUAACCUUGACGUGAUGCACAUAAAGAAGAACAUUUGUGACAAUCUGGUCUACACUAUUUUAAACGACAGUGUCAAAUCAAAAGAUAAUCUUAAAGCUCGCAGAGAUUUACAAAGCAUGGGCAUAAGGCCUGAAUUGUGGUCGGACAAAGGUGGUAAAUAUCCUUCAGCAAUCUUCACAAUGUCGAAUCCACAGAAGGAUCGCAAGUUGUAUGGGUUGAAGAGUCACGCCUGCCACAUUCUAAUGAAACAAUUACUUCCAAUUUUGGUGAAGAAUGCAUUGCCAAGUCUGGUAUCGAAUGUGAUUGCUUCUCUGUCCUCAUUUUUCCGAGAACUCUGUGAAAAAGCUGUAAAUCCUAUGCAACUUGGUGCCCUUCAGGAUCAUGUUGUGCAAACUAUGUGUCAGAUGAAAAUGAUAUUUCCUCCAUCCUUCUUCACUGUCAUGGUUCACCUUACGGUGCACCUGGUUAAUGAACUAAAAAUUGGUGGUCCGGUACAUUAUCAGUGGAUGUAUCCAAUAGAAAGGUACUUGGGACGAUUGAAGCAAUACGUGCGUAACAGGGCACAAGCUGAAGGCUCAAUUGCAAAGGGCUAUUUAUCUGAGGAUAUUUUGACAUUCUGCUCCAGAUAUUUGGAUAAUACUGAGACUAGAAUCAACUGUCCAGCGCGAAUUGAUGAUCGACCUGUUGAUAUUACAAACAAUACAGGAUGUACUAUGUUCACUGUAAUUGGAAAAGCUUCAGGGGCUGUAUCACAUUUUGCACUGACACCAAUGGAAAGAGAUCAGGCACAUCGUCAUGUGCUAGUCAAUUGCGAGGCCGUCGCUCCAUUUAUUGAAACCAAGCGAAAAUUACGGGAUCAAACAAGGUCGCACUCUAGGAUAGACCGUGUUGUGCAUGCAGAAUUUCCUCGCCGGUUCAAGUGUGAGGUUCCAAUGGACAGUACCGUACAUUCGAAAGAAAUGAAGUUGCUGGCAUGUGGUCCCAUGCUUCAGGCGAGACGGUUUGGGGCAUACAACGUCAAUGGGUACAAAUUUAGAACUAUCACAAAGGAAGACGGGCUGAAAACACAAAAUAGUGGAGUUUAUGUCUCAUCCAAUACAAGAAGUUAUGCCAGCAUGCGUGACAACAGAGUGGCUGUUGGUAGUGUUCCAUAUUAUGGAAAAAUUGUGGACAUCAUCAAAUUGAACUACAGCUGCCAUUUCACAGUGGUUUUGUUCAAAUGUAUUUGGGCUGAUACAACUACGAGCAGAGGAAUGAAAGAUGACCAUCUGGGCCUUACCAGCGUUAAUUUCGCUCAUCCAAUUCACACCGGUGAUCGAGAAGAUGAUGAACCGUACAUAUUGGCAUCAGAAGCUCAGCUCGUGUACUAUGUACGUGAUGAAGUAGAUCAAGAAUGGAGUGUAGUGGUUCAUGUAAAACCACGAGACUUGUAUGACAUGGGAGGAGAGAAUGAGGAUGUUGAAGCUACUUUUUCUCCUCAGCCCGGGUUGAACAUGUCAGCAGCAGGUGACAUCAGUGAUUUACAGUUGACAAGGAAAGAUGAUAUAGAAGACCCAGUAGCAGAUGUCUCUGAUAACAUAGAUUAUGUGGCAUUAUGA